AUGCAGAUUGAAGAUUGUCUGUACCAGAAAGGUCUUCACAAACCCCUGUUGGGGGUGAAGCCGGAUACUAUGACCACAGAGCAGAGGAAGCUCAAGGAUCGUCAGGCCUUAGGGUUGAUCCGGUUGAUGCUGUCCAAAAACAUGGCGUUCAAUAUUAUCAAGGAGAAGACAACGCCAGAUUUGUUGAAGGCGCUGUCGAAUAUGUACGAGAAACCGUCAGCUAUGAAGAAGGUGUAUUUGAUGCGGAGGCUGUUUAAUCUACAAAUAUCUGAAGAUGGAUCUGUUGUGGACCAUAUAAUUGAAUCCAAUGUGAUCAAAGAACACAGCAAGAAUUAUGCAGAAAUUGAGGAGCAGCCUAAAAUGCAAACAACAGCCAGCAAUGGACAAGAGAGCAUAACAUACACACCAUCACCUCCUUUUCCACAAAGAAUAAAGAGAAAGAAAGAGGAAGCCCAUUUUGAGAAGUUUAUGGAUGUUCUGAAGGAAAUUCAUAUAAACAUACCACUUGUGGAAGCUUUGAAGCAAAUGCCAAAUUAUGUGAAGUUCUUGAAGGAUGUACUCACUAAUAGAAGAAAGUUUGAAGAAUUUAAGGUGGUGUCAUUAAAUGAAGAGUGCAGUGCAAUACUGAAGAACAAGAUCCCACUAAAGGAGAAAGAUCCUGGAUCGUUCACUAUUCCUGUAUCAAUUGGAGGAAAGGAACUAGGAAGAGCAUUAUAUUUUAUCAUUUUAGAUUAUGAAGUCGAUCAUAAUGUUCCAAUUAUUUUGGGGAGGCCAUUUUUUAAGACUGGAAGAACAUUAGUAGAUGUCUACAAAGGAACCAUCACGUUAAGAAUGGGUGACCAAAAAGUUGAAUUUAAUAUCAAUGACAACAUGAAAUAUCCAGCAGUGUAUGAAUUGACAGAACAACCAGCGACCGAGGAAUGGGAUGAUGAGGAAAGCGAGCAGGAACAAGACAAAUGUGAGGGAAGAAAGAGUUCACCGAUAAGACCAUCUAUUGAGGAAGCGCCGCAACUGAACUAGAAACCACUACCACCUAACCUUAAGUAUGCUUAUUUAGGUGACAAGAAGACACUACCCAUCAUCAUCUCAGCGACACUAUCCUCGACUCAAGAGGAUAUGCUCCUAGAAACAUUGAAGAAGCAUAAGGGGGCGAUAGGUUGGACAUUGGCGGAUAUAAAAGGAAUUAGCCCUUCACUAUGCAUGCACAAAAUACAAUUGGAGGAAGGAAAAGUUAAGUUCAUUGAGCAACAAAGACGAUUAAAUCCCAUGAUGAAGGAGGUUGUUAGAAAGAAGAUUCUCAAAUGGCUAGAUGCUGAAAUAAUUUAUCCAAUUGCAAAUAGCAGCUGGGUCAGUCAUAUUCAAUGUGUUCCGAAGAAAGGAGGGAUAAUAGUAAUGGUACAUGAGAACAAUGAGUUGAUCUCCACUAGAAUAGUGAAUGAAUGGAGAAUUUGCAUGGAUUAUAGAAGGCUAAACAAAGCGACACGUAAAGAUCAUUUUCCCUUACCAUUCAUUGAUCAAAUGCUUGAUAGGCUUGCCGGAAAGUCACAUUAUUGCUUCUUGGAUGGUUAUUCGGGAUACAAUCAAAUUACAAUCAGUCCAGAAGAUCAAGAGAAAACUACAUUCACAUGCCCAUAUGGAAUUUUUGUCUUUAGACGAAUGCCCUUUAGACUAUGUAAUGCUCCAGCAACAUUUCAACGUUGCAUGAUGGCCAUUUUUACAGAUAUGGUAGAAACAUUUAUGGAGAUAUUCAUGAAUGAUUUUUCGGUUUAUGGAGAAUCUUUUGAGACUUGUUUGUGCAAUUUAGGGAAGGUUCAACAAAGAUUUGAUAGAGCCAAGAUAGAAGCUAUUGAAAGAUUGAAUCCACCUACGUCAGUUAAAGGUAUAAGAAGCUUUUUGGGCCAUGUAGGGUUUUAUAGGAGGUUUAUUAAAGAUUUCUCCAAGAUUGCAAAACCGUUGUGUAGUUUGUUGGAGUCAAAUAGAAAAUUCGGUUUUGACAAACAAUGCAUGACUGUCUUCCAAGCAUUAAAGACAGCGCUGACCACAGCUCCUAUAAUGUCAACACCCGAUUGGAAUUUACAAUUUGAGUUGAUGUGUGUUGCUAGUGGCCAUGCUGUGGGGGAAAUGUUAGGACAGAAAAAGGGGAAGGUACUUCAUCCUAUCUAUUAUGCCAACAAAACGUUGAAUGAGGCUCAAGUGAAUUAUACAACCACUGAAAAAGAAUUGGCCGUAGUAUUCGCUGUUGAAAAGUUCAGAGCUUAUUUAUUUGGAGCGAAGGUGAAAGUGUACACUGAUCACACAGCAAUCAAGCACCUAAUGAUGAAACCGAAUGCCAAGCCAAGAUUAAUUAGAUGGAUUCUAUUGAUACAAGAGUUCGAGAUAGAAAUCGUGGACACGAAAGGAGCUAAUAACCAUGUAGCGGAUCACUUAUCUAGAAUGGAGAACAUGGAAGGAAAGGUCAAUAGCAAAGAAAUUGAUGAUGCAUUUCUGGAUUAACAGCUGCUUGGGAUAAAAAGCAGUAGCAGAAUGACAGCAACUCCAUGGUAUGCAGACAUAACAAAUUUUUUGGCUUGUGCCAUCAUACCCGAAGAAAAACAAAGGAAGAGAUUUUUCCAUGAAUCCAAAAGUUACAUUUGGGAUGAACCUUUUCUUUUUAAACAAUGUGGAGACCGCAUAAUGAGAAGAUGCAUUCCAGACAGUGAAAUUUGUGAUCAAUGUCAAAGGACGGGAAAUAUCAGUAAAAGAAAUGAGCUACCCCUGAAUUCAAUUUUAGAAGUGAAACUUUUUGAUGUAUGGGGCAUUGACUUUAUGGGACCAUUUCCGCCAUCUUAUGGGAAUUUAUAUAUUCCAGUGGCUGUCGACUAUGUGUCCAAGUGGGUGGAAGCAAUAGCUUGUCCAUCCAACGAUGGGAAGACGGUACUCAAGUUUUUAAAAAGAAACAUAUUCACUAGGUUUGGUGUACCAAGAGCAUUAAUCAGCAAUGAGGGAACGCACUUUGUGAACAGAUUGAUGAAUAGUCUUUUAGAGAGAUACAAUGUAAAACAUAGAGUGGCGACACCUUAUCACCCACAAACCAAUGGGCAAGCAGAGGUCUUCAACAGAGAAAUUAAAAGUAUUUUGGAAAAGGUGGUACAACUCAACAGGAAAUAUUGGUCAAUGAAACUUGAUGAUGCAUUAUGGGCAUACAGGACAGCCUUCAAAACCCCUUUAGGAAUGUCUCCUUACAAGCUAGUUUUUGGGAAGGCAUGUCAUCUACCCCUGGAAUUGGAACAUAGAGAAUUUUGGGCAUUAAAGAAGUUAAAUUUUGACUAUACAACAGAUGGAGACUUGAGGCGAAUGCAACUAAAUGAAUUGGAAGAAUUCAGGUACCUAGCCUACAAAAAUGCUAAGAUGGACAAAGAAAAAACAAAAAUGUGGCAUGACAACAAAAUUAGGCCCAAGGAAUUCUACAAAGGACAAAGAGUGUUGCUAUUCAACUCAAGGCUGAAAUUAUUCGCUGGAAAAUUAAAAUCAAGAUGGUCUGGUCCAUUUAUAGUUGAAGAAGUCACUCCCUAUGGGGCAAUAACGAUAAAACAUGGAGACGAAAGGAGACCUUUCACAGUGAAUGGACAGAGACUGAAGCCAUAUUUGGGUGGAGAAGUAAAAAGAGGCAUUGCCUCUUUAAGUUUAAAAAGCUAA